AUGGCUUUCCCCUCUCCUGUCUCUCAUCUGCUUCUACUCCUCUUCCUCCUCCAUGUGCCACCAUGUCCAGCUACCUCCGGUGGAUCAUGGUCCCUCCUCCUCCCAACCAUUGGCAUCUCCGCCAUGCACAUGCAACUCCUCCCAAGCGACCGUGUAGUCAUAUACGACCGCACCGAUUUCGGCACCUCCAACAUCUCUCUCCGGGAUGGUAAAUGCCGCCCCAAAUCCACCGACUGCUCCGCCCACUCCGUUGAGUAUGAUGUCCUCCAUAACUCUAUCCGUCCACUCAUGGUCCUCACUGACGUCUGGUGUUCAUCGGGGACAUUAAUGCCCGAUGGGACACUAGUCCAGACGGGUGGAACAUAUGAAGGAGAUCGGGUUGUCCGUGUUUAUAAAUCAUGUGACAACUGUGACUGGCAGGAGAUACAAUCUGGACUGAGUCAAUCAAGAUGGUACGCCACCAAUCACAUACUGCCUGACGGCCGCCAAAUCAUCAUUGGCGGCCGUCAGUCAUUUAAUUACGAAUUUUACCCUAAGACCUCGUCAACCGAGAAUGCUCCUAGCUUGCCGUUUUUGGUUCAGACAAAUGAACCAAAUAUCGAAAAUAAUUUAUACCCGUUUGUGUUUUUAAACACAGACGGACAUUUUUUCAUUUACGCGAACGAUCGCGCUAUUUUAUUCGAUUAUGUUCGGAAUCAAGUUGUCAAGACUUACCCAACAAUACCCGGUGGCGACCCGAGGAAUUACCCGAGCACCGGUUCUGCGGUACUACUCCCAUUGCGUGUUGUACAAGGGAAAGCAAGUGAUGUUGAAGUUUUAAUCUGUGGGGGUGCACCUAAGGAUGCUUUUGUUAAUGCAAAUAAUGGGAAAUUUGAUGGUGCUUUGGAUACUUGCGGUCGGAUAAAAAUAUCCGACCCGAAUCCACAAUGGGUCAUGGAAACCAUGCCUUUAGCACGUGUCAUGGGUGAUAUGUUACUAUUACCAAACGGUGACGUUUUGAUAAUCAAUGGUGGGUCCGCGGGAGUUGCGGGUUGGGAACUAGGGCGGGACCCGGUUUUAUGCCCGGUAAUCUAUCAGCCUAACAAUCGAAUUGGAUCUCGGUUCGAGUUGCAGAAAGCAACCACCAUACCUCGAAUGUACCAUUCGACUGCUAUUCUGCUUCGAGAUGGUCGGGUUCUUGUAGGCGGCAGUAACCCACAUGAUAAAUAUGAGUUUGCCGACGUACUUUAUCCUACUGAAUUAAGCUUGGAGGCAUUUUCACCGGCUUAUUUGGAUCCAAGCUCAUCAAAAUUACGCCCAUCUAUAAUCUCACCAAGAACCAUGAUCCAUCACAGUGAACGGAUGUUCAUCCGGUUCAAUGUUUUAUGCCCCGUGGAUCCAAAUUUGGUCUCGGUCACAAUGGUGGCUCCACCGUUUAACACACAUUCAUUUUCCAUGAGUCAAAGGCUGUUGAUACUAGAUACUGGAAACACCACAGUAGCAGUCGGGGAAUCUCACUACGAAGUAAGUGUGAUAACACCGGGAUCUGUUAAUGUUGCUCCGCCGGGCAAUUACAUUUUAUUUGUGGUCUAUCAAGGCGUUCCAAGUGAAGGCAUUUGGGUUUGCAUACAAUAA